UGGUGCCACAGGGUGGGGUCGUGUGUCCCGGCUCUCCUCAGCACCACUGAACACUGAAGGCGGUACACUGAGCACUGAGCGCUGUCCGAGCAGAAGCCACCGCAGCCGCUGACAUGGGCAACGUCCAGCCAACCAUUAUUCCGCACCCUGAUUUCGACGUGGUGGCCGACAUCAAGGCCAUUCGCAAAAGCUGCAAAGGCCUCGGCACUGACGAAGAAGCCAUAAUUGACAUCCUGGCGAAUCGCUGUGCUGCCCAGAGGAUGGAAAUCAAACAGGCAUAUUUCGAGAAGUAUGAUGAUGAGCUGGAGGAGGUGCUUAGGAAAGAGCUUUCCGGAAGUUUUGAGAAAGCCAUCAUUGCCACUCUGGACCCGCCACAUGUGUACGCCGCCAAGGAGCUGAGGAAGGCCAUGGAAGGAGCGGGAACUGAUGAGGAUGUUCUUGUUGAGAUCCUGUGCACCAGCACCAAUCAGGAAAUUUUAAGAUGUAAAGAAGCAUACUUCCAGGUGUACGAGAGGGACCUAGAGGCAGACAUUGAGGGGGACACCAGUGGGGAUGUGCGGAACUUGCUCAUCGCUCUUCUGCAGGCAAACAGGGAUGAGUCCUACGAGGUGGACGAGGGACUCGCAGAGCAGGAUGCAGCUGCGCUGUUCGAGGCUGGAGAAGGUCGUUUUGGAACAGAUGAGUCCACCUUCAGCUACAUCCUGGCACAGAGGAACUACCUUCAGCUGCAGGCCACCUUCAAGGCAUAUGAAUCGCUCUCGGGAACAGAAAUCCUGGACACCAUCGACAGCGAAGCUACAGGGACUCUGAAGGACUGUUACGUCACCCUCGUGAGAUGUGCCAAGAAUCCACAGCUGUUCUUUGCCCGCCGUCUGCAUGCGGCCACGAAGGGGGUUGGCACCGACGAGGACACACUCAUCCGCAUCAUUGUCGGCCGCUCCGAGAUCGACCUGGAGACCAUCAAGGACAUGUACCUGGAGAAAUACGAUGUGCCCUUGAAGGAAGCCCUGGCUUCUGAGUGCAGCGGUGACUUCAAGAAUCUCCUCCUGGCAAUCCUGCACUGAUCACCUGUGGAGUGGAGUAACUCAACCUGUCACGCAGCUCUCCGAAGGUGCUCCACCAAGCAGCCGUAGAGCUGCAAGAUUGAAGAUCAUCUGACUGUUUCACGAAAGAUCCCCCACAAUUGCCCUUGUCUGGUUGUCCAAACACUUAAAAAAGCAGCAGAAAUGUAGUCAUGUUCUUGUCAGAUGGCUUUGAUUGUCCAGCCACUGCCGUCUAGAGGUUCCUUCUGUUACGUGCUUCGGCCUGCAGUUCUACACCUUUGCAACACAAGACACAACUAUAAUACUGAAGACACUUCUUCUAAGCACCUUUUCCAGAUACUGUCAGAUUAACUGUGGGCUACCAAACUUUCAACAUUCCAGUGAUUUAGCAGCUAAAACCGAGUGCAAAUGGCUCAGAUUUUACCGGUAUUGCAAAACAGCGUCUGAUGUCUCGCAUAUCAUCACCCUUUUCAGAAGAAACCAUAAAACUGCCUUGACAAAUCCUUUACAUACCUUUUAACUUAUUUAUAUUUAACAUAGCAAAAUUUAAUAACAGAAAUUUUUAAACAUACUAAAUGCCGAAUUAUGUGUUUAAAGUGAUGGCAGUUGUGCACUUCGUGCCAUGGAAUAGGGGAACGGGGAACCAGUACUGGAGUUCCAUGAACAAAACUAAGGCACAGAAUUAACAGCUAAGUAAUGUCUGAAAUAAAAUGAUUGUAUUCAUUUAUAACUUUGUUCUUAUGAUGUUAAGAGAUUACGGUGAACUGAAUUUAACACAUAUAUGAGCCUGAUGGAGAGCAGUUAAUAGACUUGGUGUUAACACACAUUGUUAGUGGACGUAUCCAAACCCAAAGAUGUAUCCAAAGAUGUACACAUAAUGGACAGAGUAAAAAGUGCAUAACUCA